CGGCAACGCCAUGUGACAAUGAUUCAGAGGAGACAGAGUACACUCUCUUCACAGAUGUCAUGACUAAUCUGUCCAUCAUCGGCCCCCAUGACAUUGAUAUUGCCAAAAGGUUUCUGAUCACUGUUAGACUCUUGGACCGGAAGCUCACAAAUGUACCAACCAUCUGGAAAAAAUAUAAUCUGCUGACCAAUGGUUUGAAGAUCGAUCACCCAGAGAUGGACCCUCUGAUAGAAAUUGUAGCUGAACAGUGCAGAGCUUCUAAAUCUGAAAUUUUCGUACCAAACGGUUUAGACGUGGGUGAGAAUUUCGACGUCGAUGAUGGUUUUGAAUUGGAUGGAGGCUUGGCUGGUGGCUUGGCGGUGACUAGAGGCUUGGUGGUGGCUGGAGGCUUGGUGGUGGCUGGAGGCUUGGUGGUGGCUGGAGGCUUGGCGGUGGCUGAAGGCUUGGCGGUGGCUGAAGGCUUGGCGGUGGCUGAAGGCUUGGCGGUGGCUGAAGGCUUGGCGGUGGCUGGAGGCUUGGCGGCGGCUGCAGGCUUGGCGUUGGCUGCAGGCUUGGUGGUGGUUAGAUGCUUGUUGGUGUCUGGAGCCUUGGCGGCGGCUGGAGGCGCAGAGGUGGCUGGAGGCGCGGAGUUGACAAUGAAUGUUCCCCAAAAUCUCUAUUUUGAAAGUGCAUACAUUGCUCCGAGUGGUAUUGCUAGCAUUGAAAGAACUGGGUAUGCUGAGGAUAACACGGAGAUUAUGUUCAUAGAGGUUGCUACCAGGUAAGUGAAUGAAUGUCUCGGUGGUCACUGCAUUUAACGUACAAGUGACAAUGACUGGACACUGUACUAAACGUACAAUGGAACGUUUAGCAGGCACGACACUGAACGCUCGGUGGACUUUUCUUUAAUGCAGACAUUAAAAUGAGCGCACGGCAAUGAGCGCAUUACAAUGCGCGCAUUGUUAACAUUGUUCCGCAUAAUGGGCAGUGAACACAAUGGACUAAAUACCAGACACUGAACUUUCAAAGGUCUUUAACUUAUUUCCAUGUUGUACACCUAAAAAAACAUGCAGAAAUAUGUGUACGGCGUCCAUGAUCUGAGACGCUCUUUGUUAUUAAUGAAACUACUAAGCAAUAAUCAAAUCCUUUGCAUGAACUUCGAUUGUCUUUCUUGGCUGGCUGGCUAGUUGGGUGGCAGGAAAAUUCGGGACGGCUAACUGACCCACUUUUAGUCAAGUUAUUGAGCUUAAACUCGGGCACAUAAACUCGUUGCUAAUGUCUCCAAAUUCUUUCAAAUUUGUUCCUCCCCAACCCCACCCCACCCUUUCGCCCUCUAUUUUCCCCGUUUUCCCCACUGUUAACAAGGGAAAUUCCCGAUAACUGUGCCAAAUUUAAUUUAUUGCGUAGUAUUUUCUUUCGUUUUUUCUAAAAUUAUGGUUGAAAUAAAUCUGCGGUGCAUAAAGGGGGUGGGUCAUCAGAAUAUUAUAAUUCAUCGACGUGAAGAAAAUUUGCGGUUGCGAGCCUUAGAGGUUAAAAGGGGGGUGGGGGGUGGGUGUUAGAGGUUUAAAAAAAAAGGGGGGGGGGCGACUAAGUGCGAUUCUUAAGUGCGUAACUUGUAGGAAUUUUUUUGUUUCUAAAUUUUCAGCCUCACAUUGCUCAUAGGUAGUUUUAUUAUUCUAAAAGAUAUUGCUCUUAUUGUGGCAAACGUCAUCAGAGCUGGUGCCAUCAGAGCAUCCAUCAGAGGUGGUGCUCUCAUCAGAGCUGGUGCUCUAAGUCUUUUAUGCAUUAAGUAGGUUAUUUUCUCUCCUUGUUGUAGGGACGUGGCAGGAUGUGAGGUAAUAGCUGGCCUGAAUGUUGGCUACAGACACCCACGCACUAAAGCUUACCGGGAAACAGUGAGCAGUGUGGUCAACCUGCCUGUCGAGGGACUGCACAGGGUGAGGAAAUGUUGUGAUAAUUUUUAAACUUUAUAGUUCAAUGUUUCGUUUAGUUUCUCCGAAUGAAUGGAAAGAUCUGCAUGCCUUGAAGCUUGAUAAUUUAGGAGGAAAGUCAUGUGAACCCGGGAGUCUUAAAAAAAAGAUAAGAAGUAUUUACUCUUUAUCAUUUCUUUGUAUUUUAACAAAAGUAAUUCCCCGAUAUCUUGCCUUAAUUGAAAUUUAUGACUUUGCUAAAAUACUGUGGUCCGUAUCAACAACUACCUUUAAAUCUUCGAUAAGCGUCAUCGUCAAGUCAUAAGUUUCAUUAAGUUUCAAUAAUAAGUUUCAAUAGCUUUGAAUAAUAAAUUUCAAAAAGCUUCAAUAAUGGUAAGUUAAUUAGUUUCUUCGGCGAAAAGUGUAAUGGGCGAUAAGUGGGGAAGUAUCUUUUGGACUAUUUUAUACUUUUGUUUACGAUGUCCGCUCUUGCGCGAUGUUGACAGUUUUUGUGUGUGUGUGGUUUUCUUCGCCUGGCAGUAAGUACCACGGCUGAAUGUACGUGACCUAUAAGAUAAGUACAGCCUGUCUUAAUGUUGUACACAUCUUUCCUCUUCCAACAGCUCGUCUUGGAGGACAAUGAACGCAUAGUGAGGCUAUUCUAUUGGUCCAGAGGUCCAUUCUUUCACAACAUUGCGUUUUGGACAAGCAGUGGCAGGAUCCACGGCCCGUUUGGCCCGAAGACCUGCUCACUGUUCACCGUCAAGCCCCCUUGUGACAACGUCCACCUGCAUGACAUUAACUGUGGGGCCCGCUGGCGUGGGGUCAGGUACAUGUGUACACUAGGGGUCCAGUGGUUGUGCAGCAGGUCUUAAUGGUGAAUAACGCUGGUUAUGGGCCAAAUUACUGAAACAGUUAACUCGGGACUUUUUUAACUUACUUUUCUUUUCUUUUAUUUAUAUAUAUACACUCAAACAUAUAUAUAUUUAUGAGAUUUUUUAGUUCGUUAGCAUCCUGACAUGACAUGUUUAUUUCUUAUACCUUCCUAUAACCAAACUUAUAAAACCGUGAUCCUGACCUUGAUGGCAUCUGAAAUGUAAUUUGAGCUAUUUCGGAAAUUAUUUUAUAAAAUUGAACCUUAAUAAUUUUCUAAAAUCUUUAAAUCUCUAGCCCAGCACCCCUAUCCCUAUAAUCUCUUUUUUUUUAAAUUGAUUUUAUCCCCCCCCCCACCCAAACCCCACUCCCCGGUCUCUAAAAAAAGGCCAUUCCAUUUCGUUCGUA